UUAUGUAUGGCAAGUAAGAAAGGAAGGCAAUAUGUUAGAGGUUGAGGAAGGACCCAGUCGAAGGGUGUCUAGAGGAAGAAAGAGAGGGUCUUAUGUACAGGAAGAAGUGAAAAGAAAUGAUAUUGAUCAGAAAGAAAAAUGUCUUAGAUCAUCGAAGAAAUCAGGAGACUCUGAUUGGUUACGGAAUUCCUUCCAAUCAGGUCGAGCCAGAGCAAUUAGUCCAGAUUAUACUUGUAACAGGUGCCCUUCUUCUUCAACUCCGAAGGCGAAGAGGUCACGGAGACUGUCUGUAGAAAAAGAAAACCUGAACACUAGUGAUGCUUUGUUUGCAGACCUUGAUAUUGACACACUAACAUCACAGGCUUUAUCCCAGUCUCAGGCUACUAGCUUCCCAAGUUCUAAAAAUAAAUACAGCACAAAAAGUUGUGGUAAAGAAAACGAUAUUUCUGUGUAUAAAGGUUGUGAAGUUAAAGACAGUAAAAAUGAAUGUUUAGGAGAGAAGGGAGUUGUAAGUUUACAGACGAGUACUAGUGAGUCUCAGAGUCAGUACUUUGUUCAAAGGUUUGGAAAUUACUGCCCUACACAGCCUGUAGAAAGGAAAGAGAUAUUAAUUGAUAGCAAAGUUUUGUCUUCACAAGGGAGGAAUGAUUCUUCAUUCAGUUUUUCAUUUGUUGGUAAUGAUACCCAAAUGCUUGAUCAGACUGUGUCAGUAAAUUCCAUCUGUGAUAAAAUAAACCAGUGUGUGUUUAAAGUGACAGAUGUUGGACCUAAAGAUGGCAAUUUAAGAGACAAAACAUGUGACACACAAGUUGAACACUGUCAGUUGAAAUCUGACCAGGGACAUGGUAAGCUUCGUUGUACUCCUUAUUUUAAAACAGCAGACUUGUCUGUUUCUAUGGUAAAUACUCAGGAUGUGCCUCAAAUUGAGAACCAGUCUCAGUUUUGUAUUCCAGAUGGGACACAGUCUAAAGAAUAUGCACCAGUUCUGGAUACUACACAGUUAAAGGAUGAUGAAGGGUUUAAGUACAGGUGCACUCCAUACAAAACAAAGUCUAGGGACUUGUGUACACAGACACAGACUCAGUGUGAACUAAUGGCUGGUACCCAGUAUAAGGCAUAUCUACAUGAGAGCUAUAAAGAUUCCCUGAGUCAGUUAUCCCUAACAUCUUACAGUAAACAGCAGUCACAAAUCGGUGACAGGGAGAAGCUUGGAGUGUUGUCCUCACAGUUUCAACAAGACUCGCAGAUUCCGUGCACAGGUAUAUGUGAUAUGACUGGUGUUAUUAUAGAUUCGCAAAACAAAGACACGGAAACAUUAGCAAAUACUUCCGACUGUGAUAUGUUUACUGACAGCUUUUGUGACGAUAACUCGUCAAAUAAUGUUUGCAGUACAAAUCAUCAAGUGAAAUCCAAAGAAUUAGACACUGGAAUAACUAGUCAUACUCAGAGUUUGAAUUGUUCUGAGUCUAGUCAAAUUACGCAGACAAGAAGGCAGUCUCUAGAUGAUGACUUGGAAUGUAUGAUGCAAGAGUCACAGAAUCUCCGCAAGACAAGAACGAAGGAUGGAAUUCAAAAUCAACUCAGUAUUCAGAAUUGUUCUAAACCGGAAAGUGAAAUAGAAAAUAAGAAAGUCUGCUUAGGGUGGACCAAGAUUUCUGGUAUUGUUAAUGAGAAGAAGCAGAAAGUUUCUGUGACCAAUCUAAUACAGGAACAGUCUCUGUCUUAUGGUGAUAAAAAUAAGUCAGAGAUACAGUCUGAACUAAGGCCACAGUCUACAGUAGGACUGGUUCCCAACUUACCUACAACACCAGGAGGAGCUGGCUCCCUGCAAGAUAGAAUAAAGAAAAGAUUGAUGGAGAAUGCAGGUCGCAGGACACCUCAAGGUCCGGGUGUUCUAAUGGAACAGUUACGAGAGCAGGUUCUAGAACGAGUUCAUUUAGAAGCUGAAAUAACAAAAGAAAUGUCAGACAGUGAUAUUGGGCCCUUCUAUGGACUCCCAACAAAAGUGAAACAUCUGUUUGAAAAUUAUAGAGGAAUAAAGACUCUUUAUGAUUGGCAAGAUGAAUGUUUGAAGCUACCUGCGAUUCUGGAGAGGAAGAAUUUGAUAUAUUCUCUACCGACAAGUGGAGGUAAAACACUGGUUGCUGAAAUCCUCAUUCUACAGGAAAUACUGUGCCGGAAGAAAGAUUCUUUGCUCGUUCUUCCAUUUGUGUCCAUUGUACAGGAGAAGGUUAGAAAUAUGUCCCAGUUUGCUGUUGAUCUCAGUUUCUACGUGGAAGAGUAUGCAGGCAGUAAAGGAAGAUUCCCACCUACCAAAAGACGUAACAAUCAUUCACUGUAUAUAGCUACCAUAGAAAAGGCUCAUUCUUUGAUAAACAGUUUGAUAGAGACAGAUAGAAUGGAUAAUCUGGGACUUGUGGUUGUUGAUGAGCUACAUAUGCUGGGAGAAGGUGGUAGCCGUGGUUCAACACUGGAAUCUACACUAAUGAAGAUACUUCAUUCUGCAAGUGCAGCUCAGGUGAUAGGAAUGAGUGCUACACUGAACAAUAUUGAAGACCUUCAGAAGUUCCUGAAUGGAGAGGUCUACUGUAAUGACUUCAGACCGGUGACACUAACAGAACAUGUGAAACUAACAGAAAGUAUAUACAGAGUAGAUCAGAAAGCAAAAUGUCCAGACGAUCAGUUCAUACAUGACAGAAUAGUGUGCUUUCAGUAUCCCCCAGAGAUGACAAAAAUGGAUCCUGAUCAUGUGCUAGGCCUGGCAUUGGAGGUUAUACCAGAUAACUCGUGUCUUGUCUUCUGUCCUACCAAGAAAAACUGUGAAAAUGUGGCUCUCAUGUUGAGUAAACUUAUGGCUAAAUAUAAAAGAGAAUUAUCCGAGGUUAAGAAAAAAGAAAGGAGGGCAUUAUUGAAGGAGUUAAACAAUGAUUCUGAGGGGAAAAUAUGUCCAGUAUUACAGUACACAAUACACUUUGGUAUAGCAUACCAUCAUAGUGGACUGACAGUCGAUGAACGUAAACUUAUAGAAGAGGCAUAUAGUGAAGGAAUUCUUUGUCUUCUAGCAUGUACUUCUACAUUGGCAGCAGGGGUCAACCUGCCAGCUAAAAGAGUGAUACUGAGAAGCCCUUAUGUGGGUCAAUACUUUAUCUCACGGAGUCAGUACAAACAGAUGGUUGGUCGGGCUGGUAGAGCUGGUAUAGAUACUUCUGGAGAAUCCAUUCUUAUCUGCAAGGCUUCAGACAGGGAAAAGGUGCGGGAUUUGUUAGCUGGACCAAUAGAGAGUUGUCACAGUAGUUUGCUAUAUAAUGAAGGGAAAGGUAUUAGGACCCUUCUUCUGUCUACCAUUGGUCUGAAGAUUACAACAACAACCGAAGAUGUUUUCAAGUUUGUGAGUAGAUCUUUGGCACAUUGCCAACAGUCUGUGCUGGGUACUGAUGUAACAUCUGUGUGUCGUGAUUCUCUACAGAGACUAGUAGACAGUGGACUGGUUCUCCAGAUCAAAUCUCAGUCUGAGGAUCCAGAGCAAAACUUAUGUCACAGUCUAGAGGUGACUCAGUUAGGGAAAGCUACAUUUAAAGGUCCUAUAGAUCCAGACUAUGCCGAGAUGUUAUACAAGGAUCUGAAGAAGGCUGAGGAACCUCUGGUAAUCUCUAAUCACCUACACCUACUGUAUCUAGUCACACCAUAUGAUGUUGUCAAGGAUAUAACACCAUCCUGGUUUAUCUAUUUCAAUCAGAUGAGCCAUUUGAACAGUUCAGAACUGAAGGUAGCCAGCCUGAUAGGUGUACCAGAGUCCUAUAUAGCUAGGAAAGCAUCUCAGCAGAAAUCUAGACAGAAAGUGGAUGAGUUUGUUGUAUCUCGGUUUUACCUGACCUUGAUGCUGUACGACCUUUGGAGAGAGAAGUCGGUGUGGGAGGUGGCAGAAAAGUUCCAGCAACCUCGAGGAUUUAUACAGAGCCUGUUGUCCAGUGCAGCAAGUUUUGCUAGCUGUGUUACACACUUCUGUCAGGAAUUGGAGGAGUUUUGGGCCUACCAGGAUUUGAUGGGAAACUUUGUGAAGAAGUUAUCAUAUUGUGUUACAUCUGAACUUAUACCACUAAUGGAAAUACCGGGAGUUAAACUUGGUAGAGCAAGGCUGAUGUAUACAGCAGGUUAUAAGACAUUGAGUUCUGUAGCCUCAGCCAACACAGAGGAUCUUGUGAAGUCUGUACAAUACAUGCCACGGAAGGCAGCUAAGCAGAUCAUUGCUUCUGCAAAGUUACUGCUCAGUGAGAAGGCUGAGGCUAUGAUGGAGGAAGUGGAGGCAUUGGUUACCAUACCGCUGUUCGUUAGUAACAAUGUUACCAUGGAAACCGAUACAACACCAGCACCAGUAACCCCAGGGCUCUCACAGUCGUCGAUCUCAAGUGAUACUGAUGCAAGGCUAAACAUUUGAAAAUAAAAUAAUGUGAAAAUGGAAAAUAGUAAAGUAAGAAAGCAUUCUGUCAAAGGAUUUGAUACACUGAGUUUGACAGUAUUUUAUGAAUACUGUAAGCCCUUCAUUAAAGGAGCGUUGAUAAUGUGAAGAUGUGAUAUAGUGUAUCCUGAAAGUAGUCUCAGAAAAUUUUGGAUAAGACUUCCUUGUGAAUAAGAAAAGAAAAAAACUUUAUUAGCACUCCAUCUAGGGAGUAUUGAGGAUUAGAAUAUGAACUGUUGUGUAUUUUGAAAAUAUUCUACGUGAGUUUAGGAUAACACUUGUUUUUGAACAAGGAAAAGAAACUCUGCAAUAGAUCUUCAUUGAAGGAGCAUUGACAAUUUAAAGAUAUGAUAAUAAAGUCUAUUUUGAAAUUAGUCGGAAAGUAAAGGAUAUCACAUAUCUGUGAACAAGGAAAACAAAAGACUUUCAUUAGCACUGUAUUAAAGGAGUGUUGAUUAUAAAUAUGUGAUAUGGUGUUUUUUGACAAUACUUUUCAAGAAGGUAGGAUAAGUCAAGUUUCAGGACAAGGAAAAGAGACAUUGGAGUAGGAAAACUGACAAACUGGACAUGAAAUACAGUGUAGAUUGAAAAUAUUGCAAGGUGUUUAUGAUAGCAGUUUCCAAUGAAUAAGGCAAGCAGAGACUGUAUUAACACUUUAUGAAAGAGAACAUUGACGAAACUUCAGAAGAUGUGAUAUAGUGUAAACAGCAAUUUUCUCAGGGACUUUUUGGUUACAGUUGGCAGCAGUCACGCAAGUACCUUUAACUGUUGAGCAAUGCAUGUUGAGAAUUUAUUUAUGGCAAGUUGAUAGUGUUUACAGAUUACCUCAUACUGCUGGAACCGAAUUCAUUAACAUAUUGAAUGAAGACAUUAAAUUGCUUCAUUUUAUAUAGAUCUAGACUACUGAUAAAUGAAAUUAAUAUUACUUUGAUUAAGUUCUAAGAAUUAUUUGGCAAUAAGAUGUGCAAGUUUAAAUUCUAGAUGCAAUAUGUUGAUGAAUGUCGAUUUUUGUACUAAUGAGUUUCUAGAUUUGUAACAAGAAAUAUGCACAAGUUCUGAAGUGAAGAUAUUGCAUGACUGGAGGAACAAGUGCAUCUUCCUUGGUGCAGAGCUGAUACUGUGACAUUGUUUAAUUUCAUAGGAAUGAAAUUUGGAGGGUAUUUUUUGUUGUUUCCAAAAUCGCUCUUUUGUUGGGAUAUUCUUAAGUGGAUUGGAUUUCCACUUCUGAUGGUAAAGAUGAUGGGAAUUUAACUUCUUUGGGAUUUAAUUUAGUAGACUGCCACAACUGCAGAUCCAUAAAAAACUAUUCCCUCAUGAAUAUUAAGAAUUUCACAGUAAUGUUGUUAUUACAUAAGCAUUUACAAUUACUAAAAUUAUGUUUUUGUUGUUUUUAAGAGUUAAUAAUACUGUCCAAAUUGAAAGAUUGACAUUUUCAUUUUAGAAAUUGAGCAGGAUAGGGGUUAACUCUGAAAUCAUUUGUUAUGUUUUAUGAAAAUUUAGAGGUCGUUAAAUAGUGUAUGCAGUUUUCAAUUUUUGCUGAAAUCUGUACGUACUUGACAGUUGAUAUCUUUUUAUUUUGUUACAACAAGAGUGUGGAGUUAGAAGAAUUGUUUGUAUAAGAAUAAUUGAUGUAAACUGCUUUCCUAGACUUGUAGCCAUAUUGAGAAGUAUCUACAGCAUUAUACUUUAUGUUAAAGUUAUUAUCUAUUAUUUAUUAGCAUUAUUAUUUAUUUAUGUUAUCACCAAUACAGGUGAAAUUGUCAUAAAAAUUCAGAUUGUUAUUUUGUACUUUAAAUAAGUAUUGACACUAGGACACUAUGGA